GAAAUGUGAGUCCUCCCGGCCACAGCGCCCUAAGAAGACUAGCGGCCGGAUCCCGCCACUGCAGCGAGAGAGACGACCAUGGCGGACAACGAGCACAGCACGAGCAGCAGCGACGACGGAGGCCCGCAGGAGGAGGGAGACAGAGUGAAAACUAAGCCUGUCUCUUGUAGCACUGUGGGAGGAGAGGGGACCGCACUCAAACGCAAACAGCAGCAUCUCAGCCCUGAAGUCGAAAACGAGGCCUCGGCAGACCCGCCGGCCCCCCGAAAACUCUCCAAAAUAGGCUUUGGCAUGAAAUGUCCGUUGCCGAAGAAGGGGAAUCCCAUAUCCAUCAAGCUCGGAGCGACAAAACCCAAAGAGACUGUACCAUCACUUCCUCCAAAAAAGGUUGAGAUGGCAUCGGUUUUUAACGAAGAUGAUGAUAGUGAACCAGAGGAAAUGCCUCCAGAAGCAAAAAUGAGGAUGAAGAACAUUGGCAGGGAGACGCCAACAUCUGCAGGACCUAAUUCCUUCAACAAGGGCAAGCAGGGCUUCUCUGAUCAUCAAAAGCUAUGGGAGAGGAAGCUGAAGGCCCAAACAGACGAAUAGUAAAUCAUGGGCUCAGAUUUUUCUUGUCACUAAUGGAUAAUUUUGCAUAGGUCAACUAUGUCUGAUAUCCAUGAAGGCUCAAGUGUUUCCUCACUGUAGCAUCAGGUUUUUACAACCUAACAAUUUGUGGACACGCAAUGAGGAAUACUUUUAGCCUUCUAUGGUUGUAACUGAACUUUUGUUUACGUUUCUAACCAGUUGUGGUUAUUCCUAACUGAAAGGAAAGAAUAUCAGUCCCCUCGGUUCGAGGGGUAUGGGCCGGUGAUGGAGAAGGGAUGAGUUAUACAGAAUAUUGUUCUAAACUUGUAACAUCUGCAACAAUUGCACUGUGCUGGCCCAUAGAAAAGCUAGCAUUUUACAUCCUUCACGCUCUUUUUGUGACAUUUUGUUUUCACCCACAUAGAGCUGGUUAGGUGUGUUCCUUAGCAAUUGUGUUGCAUGUCUUUUAUAUUUGUUUAAAAAAAAAGUAAAUCGAAAUGUGAGUUGGUUUUUUUUUAUCCUCAGUUUGGAGUUUUAUGUAAACGUAAAUGUUUUGCAAAGCAGACACUAGAUGUGCAAAAGCAUCCUUUAGUUUGAUUCAGUUCCAUAGCAUCAAUGUACAACCUUCUGUUUUCACCAGCUGUGCCACUUCAGAAACUUUCUUUUGUUUGAUUUUUAAGUUUUUACUUAGGUUUAUUAGAGCUUUGUGCAGGUGGUUCUUUUUUCUUUUUUGGAACACUGUAUUUCAUACUGCUCCACUCAGUUUGACAAACCUGCAAUAUGAAUAUGGGUCAUUGAAUCUUAUCUUUACAAUCAAUUUCUUUUUAGUUGUUAGCUGUAUGAAAACCUAAGUGAUUCAGCAGUGACGUGGUUACCCCUUUUGGUGGUAACUGCUAUAGCAAAUCAUUUCUUGUGGUUUAAAAUAUAGGUUUCAGUUAUAAGGCAUUUUCACAAGAUUUUUUCAUGGAAAAUAUAGAUUGUCCUUUUAUGUCAGCUAAAUGUCAUACCUCACUGACUUAUCCUGUGCCUGAAUCUCUUAUGAAUUUCCCUUUGUCUAAAUUAUAACUUUGAAUAUCUCUGUGGACUAUUUAAUUGUUGUUCAGACAUCCCCAAAUAAAUACAAUAAACAUAUAA